CUGCCUCUGUCGUUUUCCGUUGUACAUAUCUUCAUAGGUGCGUGUGUGUAUUUUUUACAUAUAUUCUGUAUGGUGAGAGAUGCAGGGACUACACAGCUGUACUAAAUAAAGGUCUGAGCAAAGAGACAUUCUUAACUGUUAGCACCUUGAAGAGCUGAAUGGCUUACUCACAGAUCCGCCUGAGAAUUCUCCCCAGCGUUCGCUGUCUUUUUGAUAAACCGGUGCAGAUAAAAGUAGAGGGGCUUCCUCCACACAAACCAGUUGAACUAAGGUCCAAACAUGUUGAUGACAGAGGGGUGAAUUUCAAGGCUUCUGCCCUGUACAAAGCAGAUGAAAUCGGCCAGGUGGAUGUCUGCCGUGCACCUUCUCUGAGAGGAAGCUACACCGGGGUGGAGCCCAUGGGUUUGUUUUGGGCCAUGGCACCAGAGACUCCACACAGCAAAUUAACGAAGAAGACUGUACUCAGUCCAACGCUGGUGGAGAUAGAAGCAGUGAGUGGAGAGACCGGUGAGCUCUUGGCCUCUGAAACCAAUGAACGAGGAUUCAUGACAGAGGGGAUGAAAAGAAUACCUGUGCAAGAGGGAAGAGUACGAGGAGUACUCUUUGUACCACCAGGAAAGGGUCCAUUCCCAGGAGUAUUGGAUCUGUACACAUUUGGCGGGGGUCUUUCUGAGCCCAGAGCCAGCCUCCUGGCAAAUAAAGGUUAUGUUGUCCUGGCACUGGCCUAUUAUGGCUACAAGGAUUUACCAAAAAACCCUAAAAUGUUGGAUUUGGAGUACUUUGAAGAGGCUGUAACAUAUCUGAAGAAACAGCCAGAUGUUAAGGGUCCUGGGAUCGGCAUCAUAUCAAUCUCUCACAGUGGCGGUUUGGCUUUGUUGAUGUCAUCUUUCCUCUCUGGGAUCUCAGCGACUGUUUGCAUUAAUGGCUGCAAUGGAAAUACUGUGAUUCCCUUACGCUACAAAGACCUUGUCAUACCUCCACUUUCCCCUGUUAUGAAGAAUAUUAAAAUGACAGCCUCUGGUCUUGCAGAUAUACGCGAUGCUUUGCCCGACCCUUUGUUGGAAAAGAACAGGGCGUCAGUCAUUCCAAUUGAACGUGCCAGCUGCCAGUUCCUGUUUGCUGUUGCUGGAGAUGAUCGCAACUGGAACAGUGCUUUUUUUGCCAAGCAGGCUGCGGCAACACUGAGAAAUCAUGGCAAAGAGUCUUUCGAGGUGGUAACAUACCCUAAAGCUGGACAUUUUUUGGAAGUCCCUCACAUGCCUUAUUGUCCAUCUGGGUUUCAUGCAGCAGUAGGGUGUAACGUGGUGUUUGGUGGGGAGCCAAAAACCCACUGUGAUGCUCAGCUGGACCUGUGGGAAAGAGUCCAGCAGUUCUUCAAGAGCCACUUGGACAGCAAGAGCACUUGUUAGCAAGCAAAGCGGCAUGAAGUGGAUCACAUGUCCCAGAAUGUCCCUGUCCUUAGCUAUUCUUAGUCUUUAGUUUCUAAUGAACGAAAUUGUCAAAGGGUUAUUAAAUCACACUAUAUGAGCAUUCUUCUGUUGAGGUGAUCUCAGCAUGCUUUUGCUACAGCUGGCAUUUUUUUCCCCAUAGGCUUCAGUGUGCCAUGGAUGGAUAGUAUGUAGUCAGAUGUAAUCUUUAUUCGGAGCAAAUAUUUUACUGUGAUAACAUUGUUAAUUCAUUGAUGUAUUCCAGUAAGUUGAGGCAUUGAGUGUGCACUAGAAAAAGACGCCGAAACCGCUAUAUUUACAUGGAGUGAAGUCACUGAUACUGUUUGUAAUCACAGUUAUGCUUUUCCUACAAUGAUAAAAUAUAUUCAUCACAGGCUCAAAAAUGAAAUAUCUCAGAAUGAGUAACAGGGCAGCUGAAACUGAUCACUAAUCAUCAGGGUUAAUUAAGUUCUGUAUGUAAUACUCCAUGCAUCAGUGUGAAAUACAGUAUUAUCAUUCCCAGUAUUAUUGAUGAAAGAUGUAUUUUCUUUGCUGCAUAAUUUUUUGAUGCCUUCUUGAUUUGUGAAUGCUGUCAUACUGUGAUGAUGUUACCAUAUUGUGUCAACAUUUUUGCAACUUUUUCCAAAACUCCAAGAAAAGUGGAAUUAAAAAUGACGUUCAUGACGGUUCAUUGCAUUGAGGAUUCUUAUGUUAUGCACAUGAUUUUUACAUUCUCCUUAAUAAAAAUAGAUACUAAUUGUAU